AUGUCUGCAUCAAAACACCCGGUGGCACAUUCAAUCCCACCCCACACCCUGACCCGACUGGCACGAGAGUGGCUGGCAGAGGACACACCCAACUUUGACCCGGCAGGAGUGUGUGUUGGAUCAGAAGAAGUCGAGGCAUGGUUGCUGUGUAAAACUCCACACACCAUCCUAGCAGGAAGUCCUUUCUUCACAGCAGUGUUCACUGAGGUCGGCUGCACUGUGGAGUGGAUUUACCAGGAAGGAGCUGAGAUCGGUCCAGAUGCUGUCACCCUGACUGCUGUGGUGAGAGGCCCAGCGAGGUGCCUCCUCCUUGGGGAAAGACUGGCUCUGAACUGCUUGGCCCGUGCCUCUGGGAUUGCCAGCCGUUGUUCUAAACUCAAGGAAAUUGCAAAGGGUGACGGCUGGCACGGAGAAGUGGCUGGCACACGCAAGACCACACCUGGUUUUCGGCUGGUAGAGAAGUAUGCCAUGUUGGUGGGCGGUGUGUCCAUGCACAGACAGGACUUGAGUGCAAUGGUAAUGCUGAAGGACAACCAUGUUUGGGCAUCAGGAAGCAUCACGGAGGCUGUAAAAGCAGCCCGGUCGGUGUGCGGCUUCAGCAGUAAAAUCGAGGUUGAGUGCCGCUCUGUAGAAGAGGGAAAAGAAGCAGCUGCAGCUGGAGCUGACAUUGUUAUGCUGGACAACUUUCAACCACAGGAGCUCCACAGUGCAGCCUGUGCACUGAAGAAUGAGUUCCCAAACCUUCUGAUAGAAGCCAGUGGAGGAGUUUCACCAGAGAACAUAGUCUUGUAUUUCUCCUCACAUGUGGACAUAAUUUCUCUGGGAUGUAUAACACAGGGAUGUCCAGUUGCAGACUUCUCUCUCAAGGUUCAAAACCCUUCGGCAAACAGCAUGUACAAACAACUAGUUGGAUAAACAGAACAAAUGUGUGUUCACAUUUAUGAGUUUUGCUGGUUCAUUCUAGAUAAAUAAACAAUUCACAUCCU